UUAUAAGGCACCACGUGACCAGGAAGCGCCGAGGAGCCACGUUUGUUGAUGCGUGUAUUUCUUUAAAAUAACAUCCAUGUAGCGACUGCGACAGUUUCCUCGACUGUCGUCCGUCGUGCUUUACUCUUAUUUCCCCGCCUGUAGUUAAAGCGUCACGCCGGCCUUCAGACCCGUCAGUGAGGGACCCGGUGCGGGGAAGCAGGAGGAAGACUAAUGUCAGGGGGGGGGGGUGUUUCCAGUCUGUUGACAUCGAGAAAGGGUAGCCUCACAUAACAUGUCCUCUCCAGAGAUCGCUUCUCUCUCCUGGGGCCACAUGAAGGUGAAGGGAUGCUCCUCCAGCUACAAGGACUGUAAGGUCUGGCCUGGAGGCAGCCGAGCCUGGGACUGGAGAGAGACUGGGACUGAUCAUUACCCGGGAGUACAGCCUGCUGAUCUGGAGGAGGUGCUGAAGAAGGGAAUAGACUUGCUGGUCAUCGGCAGAGGCAUGAGUGAAGCUCUGCAGGUUCCCUCCACCACUCUGGACUUUGUGAAGCAGAAAGGUGUCGACGUCAGAGUCUUGCAGACGGAGAAGGCUGUUGCUGAAUACAACAAACUGGCCGGCCAGGGCGCCAAGGUGGGUGGGGUCUUCCACUCCACCUGUUGAUGAUAUCACCCUUGCCUUACUGCACCAACUGAGAUGACCUCCACAAGAUGGGGGGCAGCCUGUAGUGCACCAUUGCCCAGUCUCUGUUUUGCCAUAGCUGGCUAGCUCUCAGCUUUUUUCAGCACACCUACAGACCACUGAUUUAUGGUAAGAUUGAAACAUUUUAAUGUUCAAUUUGAAGAGGGCAAGCCCUUUAUUUCAGCCCAAGUGUUGCUAGCUGUGUAGAAGAGCACUGUCAACUCUAGAGGGUUAAUAGAAAUGUGUAUAAGCGCAUCAGAAUGCCUUGGUAUAUUUGACUCUAGCUCCCUUUACACAGAUCAAAUCGGUCUACUUUAAGUGUUGUCUGAACAGAAAGGAAUUCAGUUUGUCAUUGUCAAGUUACUUUUAUAUCAAAUUGAAGAUGCAAUACAACUACAUUUGACUUCAAAGGCCAAUUUUGGGGAAUGUAAAAGUACAAUGACCACUUUUCAAAAAAAAAAAAGACCCAGAUAAAUGUAUAGAUGAAAAUGUAUCUCUGUUUGUUUGCUACACAAAAUAAAAUUAGAAAAUGAAUCAUC